AUGUUGUGGCUUCAGUCUGGCACAGAGGAAGAAGAAGAGAGGAUCACUCUACUGCAGCUAGAAAUCAGCAUCAUCUCCACAAUGAAGACUUUGCCAGUGAUUGUGAUUGUUUGUGUGGUGAUGACUCUGAUUGGAGCUGAUGCAAAGAUCAUCAAGAGGUGCACACAUUGUCCUGGUUGGUCUGAGUACAAUGGACGCUGUUUCAUCUUCAUUCCUACCCCCAUGACUUGGGCUAGAGCUGAGAGAAACUGUCAGUCCCUGGGUGGAAACCUUGCAUCGGUUCAUGAUGUCUUUGAGUACCAAGCGAUCCAGAAGGUGAUAUGGAGUAGCACUCAUGCGUAUCCAGAAACAUGGAUUGGAGGCAGUGAUGCCGAAGAGGAUGGUUUAUGGCUGUGGAGUGAUGGGACGCCUUUCCACUAUUCAAACUGGUGUGAUGGAGAGCCCAAUAACUACCAGGGUCCACAGAACUGCAUAAAAAUCAAUUUUCGAGCAUCCAAGUGCUGGGAUGAUUUGAAGUGUGUUGAACCCCGUCCAUCUGUCUGCUCCAAGAAAAUACAAUGA